AUGACAUACUACCCCGAUUUCUCGUGGAAUGGCGCCCUCUCAACAAUCUCGGAUCCCCAAAGUCCCCACAGCAGUAGCGAAAGUACCCUAGGAAUGAACCGCAUCACAUCACCAGCAUUUUGCCAAGAGGAGAUACUCCCCGUGGACGAGUAUCCCGCGCCCAACCAACUCCUCGAUAUCGACUCAAAUCUCCUCCCUAAGCAUAACGCACUCGAUCAUCUCUCGCCUUAUACCGAUUUUGACGCUUGGUCGGGUAGCCAGUCGGAUCGAAAUAUCUCGCCAGAGCAAUGGUCCCCUCUUCUUCCUAAGGAUGCCGCCCUCCCGCAACCUGACCGUCGCUCAAAGCGACCGGUAGAAGCUUCGAGGGGGGUUCGCAAAGAGCGCAAACCUACUUCUGUACCUAGUCGAAGGCGGCGAGGGACUGGUACAAAUGAUAUGAGGACAUUCGUGUGCAGUUUUGCGCCUUAUGGUUGUGAGAGUACCUUUGUUUCAAAAAAUGAGUGGAAGCGACAUGUUACCUCGCAGCAUUUACAGUUGGGGUUUUAUCGUUGUGAUGUUGGGAAAUGUAAUUCUCAACACCAGACACAUUUCCUCUCCAUAUCGACUUUGCCAGCUACGGUUUCUACUUUGACAUCUACAUCGAAAUCUAACGCGAAAGCGACAUCGAGCAUAUCUUCACCUCCACCGGGGCAAUCAAAUGAUUUCAACCGCAAAGAUCUCUUUACGCAACACCAUCGCCGUAUGCAUGCACCCUGGCUACAAUCCGGAAGACGAGAGCCAACCGGAUCUGAGCAAAGUGACUUCGAAGCUGGGCUGGAGGAGGUACGUCAGCGCUGCUGGCAUGGUCUACGGACACCGCCCUUGCAGAGUCAUUGUGGAUUUUGUAGGGAGGGGUUUUCGGGCGAGGGAAGUUGGGACGUGCGCAUGGAGCAUAUUGGUCGCCACUUUGAGAGGGAGGAUCGACGUGCUCUUGGGGUUGAAAGGGAGGAUCUGGCUUUGAGGGAGUGGGGGCUUGAGCAGGGGAUACUGGUUCUUGUUGAUGGGGUUUGUCGGUUGGCUUCUUUGAUAUAA